UACAGGUACGGCUACGUGCCUAGAGGCACAAAGAAAGAGAAAGAAUGUCCUCGAAGCUUCUCCGGCUGCGUACCGCCAGGCAACGCCACUUCCUGCCGCCGCCGCUGCUGCAGCUCGUCCCCGUCCUCCUGCUCCUGCCGCCGUCACGCCCGGCGUCGGCGGCGGCGGCGACGGCGGUCACGCACCUUCCCGGAUUCGAUGGCCCUCUGCCCUUCAACCUUGAAACAGGGUACGUGGGCGUGGAGGAGGAGACCGGGGCGGAGCUCUUCUACUAUUUCGUCGAGUCGGAGAGGAGCCCCGGCACCGACCCUCUGCUCCUAUGGCUCACCGGCGGUCCCCGCUGCUCGGUCAUCAUGGGCCUGGCCUUUGAAAUCGGUCCUCUGAAGUUUGUGUUGGCACCGUAUAGUGGCGGUUUGCCGGAGUUGGUGUAUAACCCAUAUUCAUGGACAAAGAUGGCAAACAUACUCUUAUUGGAUUCACCGGUCGGUUCCGGUUUUUCGUUCGCUCGUGAUCCCAAAGGCUACUAUGUUGGGGACUACUCGUCAUCUUCGCAGGUCCAAACAUUUCUAAAUAAGUGGUUCACGGAUCAUCCGCAGUACCUUUCAAAUCCUUUCUACAUUGGUGGAGAUUCAUAUGCUGGAAAGGUGAUUCCACUUAUUGCACAAGGCAUUUCAGAAGGAAUUGACAUGAGGCAGCAACCUGUCAUCAAUCUCAAGGGAUAUAUGGUUGGCAACCCUAUAGCAGAUCCAAAGUUUGAUGAAAAUUACAAAAUUCCUAGUGCUCAUGGCUUUGGGAUAAUAUCUGAUCAAAUAUAUGAGAGUGCUGUGAAGAAUUGCAAAGGAGAUUACGUUAACCCCGUGAAUGAAAUGUGUGUUGAAGUGUUGCAUACUAUCAAUAAUGGAACAACGAGUGAGUGGAUACAAUGCAACAUAGGGCUCCCCUACACAUACGAGACACCGAGCAGUAUACCAUACCAUGUCAACCUCACUAUGAAAGGUUAUCAUGCACUUGUGUACAGCGGAGACCAUGAUCUCGAGGCGCCAUUUCUUGGCACACAAGCAUGGAUAAGAUCCUUGAACUUUUCCAUCGUUGCUGACUGGAGAGCAUGGCAUCUUAGUGGGCAGGCUGCUGGAUUUACCAUAGAAUACACAAACAAUAUGACAUUUGCCACAGUGAAGGGUGCUGGUCAUACUGCUCCAGAGUACCGGCCUAAAGAAUGUUUCGCCAUGGCUCAAAGGUGGUUGGACAAUGAGCCUCUCUGAGGCAUAUACCCUUACCACUUUAUUUUCUGUAUCAUAUCAUUCUUAUGCCUUUCUGCAUCCAUACAUGAAAAGAUGAACGCAAUAACAGUUUUAAAUGAACUUUAUUUA